AUUCAAAAUGGCGGCCGCAACCGAAGAGCGCAUAUCGGUUAAGUUUCACCGAGUUUUCUCCAGUUUUCCUGGUUUUCACUAGUUUUUUUCGUGCAUUUUCUCCAGAUUUUACAUUUAUGGUGUCCGCGGGUCAUAACUGUUUAAAACAAAUCGGUGCAAACACGUUUGGUGGCCUAAAAAUCAGUCCCGAACUUUGACCUUUUCUAGCAAAGCUCGGGGGGGCCCAAAGAACGAAAAAAAAAUGCGAAAAUUCACUGGCAGUUGCAUAAUAUCCGGGUGCAUCUGAAAAAAAACUAUGGAAAUGUACGUGGUUUAUUUAUCGGAAUCCGUGCUGGAAGGUCUCAAAUGUUCCAAAGACACGCUUAAUCCCACUUGGAGAGACAUGAUAGGGGAUACGAUGGUUGAUCCGGCGGCAGCCAAUGCCAACUCCCUUGAUCCAACCUCGAUCAGCGAAGAAGAAUUUGAACAACAUACGACUUACAUUGUACCUGAUCUUCCGGUUGAACCGGAAUCGCUCAAUAGGGCCGAGGCUACUUUACCUAGAAAUUUGGUGCUAAAGCCCUCGAACGCCCUAUCGGACGCCCAAGGGGUGUGGAGCACCGGGUACAUCCCACGAGGGACACGAUUUGGCCCCCUCGUGGGAGAAAUCUACGCCAAAGAUGCGGUUCCUAUUUCAGCCAAUAGAAAAUACUUUUGGAGGGUAUGUAUUUUUCGUGCCCAAUCUCAAUGUUUUAUACUAAUUCCAACACUCAAUCAGGUGUACAAAAACAACGAGCUAUUUUACUAUAUUGACGGAUUCGAUAUUUCCAAAGCCAAUUGGAUGCGCUACGUAAAUCCCGCUUACUCCAGCGAGUCCCAAAACCUGAUAGCCUGUCAGUACAAGAUGAAUAUUUAUUUCUAUACCAUUAAACCCAUCCUGCCUAACCAGGAACUCUUAGUAUGGUACUGUAAGGAGUUCGCUGAAAGGUUGAACUAUCCCUUGACUGGCGAGCAAAUGCUUCAAAGAAUAAGACAACAAGUUCAGCAGUCUCCAGAACUCCCACCAGUGACCCCAGUAAUAAUAAACUCCGUGAGUCCUCCGGUGGAUCCGACCCCAAAAGACCCCCAUCAGUACGAGCACCAUGUGGCGACAGCUGCCGAAGGUUCUGUCCGUUCAGACGAGGGUUACCACAGUAAUGGAUACCAUGACGAUGCCUACCAGCCACCGGAAGAUACCAGCGAUACCGAUAGCGAGUGCAACUACGUGCUGGAUUUCAGCAAGAAACCCAGCAAUGAAGCAAAAGAGCUAGAGGUGCUGCAUUCGGUCCAGGUGCCCAAUACAGACGACUUCUUGAAGAACGAGUAUCGGAAGGUCAAAAUUAAGAUUUCGAAGACUUAUAGAACUCAAAGAAGUUUAGGAGAAGCGAGCGAUACUGAGCUCGAAAAGGAUUCUCCACUGCUCGAUAAUGUUGUACCUGAUCUACCCCCGGCUCUAGCACCCCUUAGAGUUGCUUCCCCACUUCUAGGGGAGCCUCAGUUGCCUGAUGUGCAGAAAAUGACUUUCUAUGAUAACGAGUACAAAAACGGGAACGGGUACAUCCGGUACACGCCUCCGACGUCCAGUAUUUUGGAGAAUAUACUCUUGGGCAAUAGAACGGACAGUAAUAACAAUGAUAAUCAGAGACAAACGAACUCAGUUACGCCACCCCCCAGUUCUCCCACCGAGAUGGCUUAUAGUUACAAGAAGAAUCUGAGGUACGCAGGUCCAAAACCUUGCAGUCCAGAUAGCUCAAGUUCAGCGAACCACGUAGAAAUGGUAUUCCACCACGUAGCCAAAAAUGUAGAAGUAGAAACCGAUGAUAACCUGUACAUUUCCGAUCACCUCCAAUCAACUAUUCAACCCACCAGUUACUACACACCAUAUUGCGCAUCUCCCGAAGUAGUGCACUCCCAGAGUAGUUUUAGUAAUGGCGCAGGUGCAGAACGUGAUGUAAUCGUAUCGAGCAACGGAUUGUUCAAUUCCAAUUUGAGUCAUCACUUGUUGACUCCAGUGCCGCAGUUCGAGGGUGGAAGCGGAGGAAAAUCUCCGAGGAGUCAAACGAAAAGUCCCGAUUUGAAGUAUGAUUUAGGCGUCAUUUCCAGCAACCCUUUAAGUCCAAACGGAGGACCGAAUAGGGGUUAUAGGAGCUUACCCUAUCCACUGAAAAAGAAGGAUGGAAAAAUGCAUUACGAGUGUAACGUUUGUUGCAAGACUUUUGGGCAGCUAUCUAAUUUGAAGGUUCAUCUAAGGACACAUAGCGGAGAAAGACCGUUCAAAUGCAACGUUUGCACAAAAUCCUUCACCCAACUGGCCCACCUCCAAAAGCACCAUCUCGUACAUACCGGCGAACGGCCUCACGAGUGUGGAAUUUGCAAAAAACGCUUUUCGUCCACCUCGAACUUGAAAACUCACCUGCGAUUACAUAGCGGACAAAAACCGUACGCGUGCGAUUUUUGUCCGGCUAAAUUCACGCAGUUUGUUCACUUGAAGUUGCACAAACGACUACAUACCAACGAGAGGCCGUAUAUAUGUCAGGAGUGCGGAAAGAACUACAUUAGCGCGUCCGGACUGAGGACGCAUUGGAAGACCACCAGUUGUAAACCGAAUAAUAUUGAGGAUGAGUUGCACGAGUCUACGUCUCAGAAUGGGUUCUAUGAUUAUGGAUCUACUGAUGGAAAUAUAGGUCUCGAAGCUCACCAAGAAGACCAACAGCUUUUGCACCACUCUCCGAUAGAACACCUGCACCACCACCACCAACCGACCGUGAUUGGUCGACCGGUCAGCAAUUUAAUUAUGUCGACCAAUCAGAGGCCACCAACCCAUUCCCUUCAACCCGGAAAGGAGACCAGGCCGAGUGUAAUUGAGUCCUCACAACCUCACAUAAUCGAGUGUACAUAGAAAGGGUUGGGUGCAGUUCCGGUGAAAUAACCGGAUAGUUAAAUUAGGCUUAAGGUGUUUUUUUUCGUGGUUGCGUUAUGAUUGUUUGGGGUUGUUGGUGACGUGUCGGAUUUUUUUUUUAUCAAAUUUCAUUUUUUAAUCCGCCGUCAUCAAGAGCCGACUUUUUAGUUUAAUUAUUCGACUGGUAGAUUGUACAGUGUAUUACUACAAGACUUGCACGAUAGCAAAAUAUAUCUCACCGAAUAAGCUCAAUAGUAAUUAAAAGACUAUGUUGACUAACAUCUGUUUACGUGAACGUUAGGGUUAUUGAAAAAAAAAUACUCAACUGUUGUCAGAUAUAUUUUGUUAUUCCGUUGGAAUAUUUCGCAAAGACGGUUUUUAUCUCCUCUUCCUCGUGAUAUUUAAUUGUUAAGUUCUUUUUAAGUUGAAAUUUUACUCGUUAAUGAAUAGCGAUAUAACGUAGUAUGUAAGCAUCCCAUUCAGGCAGUGGACUAACAAUUAUUUGGUUUUUAGUAUUCAGUUUUAUUUUUCUAACCGAUGGCCAAUCUUUUCAAUAAUAGAGACUGAUAAACUUAUAAAAGCAAUAUUAAAUUUAUUAUAUUAACCUCAUCAUGUUAGUGUUAAACAUUAUAUAAUCCCUGCUCUUCUUUGAAAAAGUAUCUCAUAUAUAUACGUGUACUUGUAUAUAGGUUAAGUAAUUUUAGAUAUAGGUGUAUGGUUUUUCUCUUGUUUUUUUCUUUUAGUAGGGAAUAUGUUGUGAUUAAUUUUGAAAUGCAGAUUUUUUAAAGAAUUCAUUGAAAUGCCCCGGAGAUUCUUAAAAAAACAUUUAAAAAAAUCAAUUAAGAUAAUAUACAGGGUGUACCUGCUAAUAAAACUGUAUUUCUAAACACUGACCUAUAUUUUUCUGGGAUAAGCAGUAUUAUAACUAACUUGUAUAAAACGAAAAAGAAAAUCGUUUUUAUUUUUAAGAAAUCGUUAAUUUUUUUUUUAAUUUCUGGCUAAGUUGGGCCGAUGUGUACAUACUUCAAAAUUUUGAUCUUUUCCGCGGCGUACGUACUAAAAAUAGGGAUUUACUGUGUGUGUGUAGUUUUUGUACAUUUUUGUAUAUUUUAUUUCUAUUAGAACUUGCCUGUUAUGUAUUAAAUUAUUUAUUGUGAAAUGGUUAAGUGACAGCUCCACACUAUCUAUUUUUAUGUUACGACUUCGAAAUAAAAAUGUAUUGAACAUUUAA